AUGGCCUCGGCUCAGGUGGCUCCUUUGCACGAAAAGGCGGAUAGGGUUGUAUCCGACUACCUCAAGGGAAAGGACCAGCAAUGGAAGGCCUUCUUUGAACGAAAGGGCCGUCUCACACUGCUUGAGCUUCCCGUCGACAUUCUGCGCCUGAUAAUAACGCACACGAACGACCUGACAGCUCUCGCACUGGCCAAUUCGGCCCUCUACAACCUCGCGGUGCCGCUAAUCUACUCGAGGUUUGAUAUUGUGUGGCCCGAUGGCAACACGCUGUCAGCCCAGUCCAAGAACGUCGAUGCCCUGACCUACGGGCUGUCGACGCUCUGCCUGGGCAGCGCAUUUGCCCGCUCUACGCGCAAGGCCUUCCAGCCUGUCACGCGGCCCUUGGCCAAGUUCGCAGGCAACGAGUAUGCGAAAUACAUCAAGAAGUUCUCGCUGGGGAACGGCCCCGGCGAGUGGGUCAACGAGUACAUGAUCACCAAGGAGAGCGGCAAGAUGCUGGGCACCCUUGUUGCCAUUGCGGCUACCAAGAUGAAGAACCUCGAGACUUUUGUCUGGGACAUGCCGACAGGCGUGCUCUCCGACAUCUUCAUGGCCUUGGCGUCGCAGCCCGACCAGCCCGACCGCGAAUGCAAGUUAAGCCGCGUCUGGAUCAGAUGGCACGACAACUCAGACCCGAGCGCUCUUUUGGCGCCGUCGAAUGCCAUCCCCAUGCCCGUCGCCCCUGCCCUGGUCCCUGUCGGCAGCCAGCUCACCCCCAUCGGCAUCAUGCUGCCGGAAAAUGCCAGCCACCCAACCCCUAGAGGGUCCUUGUCGUACUCGCAAUAUCCAUGCGAGUACCCCACGUUCAGCGUCUUGCCGCCGCUCAAGAGCUUGACGGUGCUGGACAUUGACGAGCUGGCCUAUCUGGACGAGAUGGCGGUGCUCAUAGAGCGCUCCAAGGACUCUCUGCAGGAGCUCAGGGUUGGGAUAUCGGCAAAGGCGUCGCAUAAGGACUUUGUGCAGACGUGGGACGGCCCCACCCUGAGACAAAUAGACCACAAAGCGCGGUGGCCCGGCGAGAGCACCAUUAGCGAGAGACGUCUUGGGGGUGUUCUAGGAGUUUUGGUGGGCCACAUAUAUGACAUUAGGAAACGGGUACCAAGAGGUAAGGACAAGUCCAGCACCGAUAUUUCUAUCGUAGAGAUACCGUCACCAACCAUGCCCGCGUCACCAACAGGCACCCCAGCAGCGACACCUACCGCCACGCCGUUGGUCGGCACUCCCUCGUCUGCACAGGCCGCGAGUGGCCAGCAGGCGCUUCCAAAGGUGCAAACACAGUCAAGGGGAUCCAAGCUAGCCAAGACAACUCAGGUGGCGAGAAAGCGACUGGACGGCAAGCUCAAAUUGCAGACGCUGGAGCUCGAGCGAAUUCCGCUGUCGAUGGCGGUCUGCAGGCACGCCAUUGACUGGACGGUACUGUCGAGCCUGACUCUGCUCGACUGCUCGCAGCAUGAAAACCUCUGGAAAAUGCUGCGAAAACACUUCGUGCCUGGGCCUAUGGUGUCCGAUGUCGCCUUGGCAUCCAGCAACAGGACAUCGCCGCCAGAAAUCCAUCUGCAGUACCAUCUCGCCCUCAAAUACAUACACACCGACACGACAACGCCUGCCCUGGUUUCGUUUCUAAAGGAGACCCUGGCUCCAAACUCGCUUGAGGUCUUGUUUCUGCAGGAUCGCAGGCGCACCGGCUCUGGGCCCCCGCCCGUGAUACUCGAAGUCGUCUUCAAAGCCCUGAAGAGGCACCGGUUGAGCCUGCGGAAGCUUCUCUUGGACAGCAGUGCGAAGCAGACUGGCAUUGGCUCGUCGACAACCGCCGACAACACGCGGUGGCGGGCCUGGGUGCUCACGACGGAUGUGUUGCGCUAUAUCACAAGCGGUCGCAUGAAGAACCUGCGAGAGCUGGCCGUUUCUAUCGACUACAGGGACUGGCAUACUUUUCUCCAGCGUCUCCCCAACCUUACGCAGCUCCGGUCAAUCAACAUCCCGCACCUGGCCGACUAUGUCACUGCCAAUUUCGAGCCGAAAGAGCUCGCGAACCAGAUUGCCGACAUCAUCACGCUCAAGCCCGAGAUUCGCCUGUGCUAUGCCGGCAUCGCGAACAAGUGCUUUGAGAUUCUCGAGACGUGCGACACGGGCCCGUCUUCGGGAGCCACCGGGGCUAGUUAUCCGGACGGCCCAAUUGCCGCCGCCAACAUCAACGCGCAUUCCACAGAUGAGGACGAGGACGACAAUACCCCGACGACAGCCACGAGCGACCCGGAGGUGACGCAAAGCGACAAUGAAGAGGCGCCGGCCGAUGAGGACGAGGAUGGCGAGGAUAGCGACGACCAGGAUGACGACGACGACGACGGCUUUGUCGAGCCGGACUUGGGCAAGGUCACGCUACGGAUCAGGGAGAUCUUGUUUUAUGAUGACAAGGUCGCCAUAUUUAGGGCCCGCCACGGCAGGCUGUGA